GCUCAGCCCGCGGCUCGGCGUCAGGUCGCGGGUCGACCUCAGCUUCGGGACAGGCCUCGGUGUCCGUGUCCGGUCUCUCCGCCCAGGGACAGAAAGGCAAAUUAGUGGCGGCGCCCAAAGCUGGUCACAAAAAGGCAAAGGGUCGGCCCCGGGGCCGCAACAACCCGCCCUACCUGCCCCCAGAGGCUGAAGAAGGAAACAUCGAAUACAAGCUGAAAUUAGUGAACCCCUCUCAGUACCGUUUUGAGCACUUGGUUACACAGAUGAAAUGGCGCUUGCAGGAAGGUCGUGGCGAGGCCGUGUAUCAGAUCGGGGUGGAGGACAACGGACUGCUGGUUGGGCUGCUGGAGGAGGAGCUGAGGGCCUCGCUGAAAACCUUGCGCAGAAUGGCUGAGAAGGUUGGAGCGGAUAUCACAAUCCUCCGGGAGCGUGACGUGGAGUACGACACGGACUCACCCAGGCGUAUCGCCGAGGUUUUAGUCAGGAAAGUUCCUGACGAUCAGCAGUUUCUGGACCUCCGAGUGGCAGUAUUGGGGAAUGUGGACUCUGGAAAGUCGACGCUGUUAGGGGUCCUGACGCAGGGGGAGCUGGAUAACGGUCGAGGCAGAGCCCGGCUCAACCUCUUUCGUCACCUUCACGAGAUCCAGUCUGGCAGAACAUCCAGCAUCAGCUUCGAGAUUCUGGGAUUCAACAGUAAAGGAGAGGUGGUGAAUUACAGCGACUCUCGCACUGCGGAGGAGAUCUGUGAAAGUGCCUCGAAAAUGAUCACCUUCAUUGACCUCGCCGGCCACCACAAGUACCUGAAAACCACUAUCUUUGGCCUCACCAGUUACUGCCCUGACUUUGCUAUGCUGGUAGUCAGCGCCAACACUGGCAUUGCUGGCACCACACGAGAACAUUUGGGUUUGGCAAUGGCUUUGAAAGUGCCGUUCUUCAUCGUGGUCAGUAAGGUGGACCUGUGCACUAAGGCUACCAUCGAGCGUACUGUGAAACAGCUGGAGAUGGUGCUCAAACAACCUGGCUGCAACAAGGUCCCGCUCCUGGUGUCCACCAGUGACGAUGCAGUGAUGGCUGCACAGCGUUUUGCUCAGUCUCCGAGUAUCACUCCAAUAUUCCCGCUGUCUGGUGUGAGUGGGGUCAAUCUGGAGCUGCUAAAGGUCUUUCUCAAUGUGCUGCCGCCGCUGACCAACAGCAAGGAGCAGGAGGAACUGAUGCAGCAGCUCACUGAGUUCCAGGUGGAUGAGAUUUACAGUGUUCCUGAGGUGGGCACUGUGGUCGGGGGGACACUGUACAGUGGCAUCUGCCGAGAAGGUGAACGCCUAGUUGUGGGCCCCACAGACGAGGGCAAGUUCCUGCCCCUGAAGGUGUGCAGCAUGCAAAGGAACCGUUCAGCAUGCCGAGUGCUACGAGCGGGCCAGGCUGCCACUCUAGCUCUUGGAAACUUUGACCGAGCCCUGCUGAGGAAGGGGAUGGUGAUGGUCAGCCCUGAGAUGCACCCGACCAUCUGUUCUGUCUUCGAGUCGGAGAUUGUGCUGCUCUUCCACGCAAAGACUUUCCGCAGGGGAUUCCAGGUCACCGUGCAUGUCGGGAACGUCCGACAGACGGCCAUUGUGGAGAUCAUACAGGGAAAGGAGGAGCUGCGGACCGGAGAGAAAGCCGUUGUUCGUUUCCGCUUUAUCAAGCACUCUGAGUACCUGAAGGUGGGAGCCAAGCUCCUGUUCCGAGAGGGUGUCACUAAGGGGAUCGGGCAUGUCACAAAGCUGCACCCAACCUCCAAUGACCAGAAUAUCUGAACUGAGAGCACGCCCUGCAGAGAGCUGUUUCCUGAUACAGUGAACGGCCCCCAAAGUACAGGCUACGAGCCAGUGAACUAUUGGAGGCAGCUCAGUGCCCAAGGGCAAUGCAAGAGGGUAAAGCUCUGCCCCCUCUCCAUGCUGCGCUGAGCUGUCUUCCCUCCAGCAAUUGGCCUCAGCCCUUUCAAGAAAAAAAUUCAACAACUUCCGAGUCCGACUCCAUUACUCGUGUGCCUUUUCCAUGGUUACCCUCUCUUCCUCUCCUACGUAGACAUUUGCUGUAAUGUUGGGGCACAUGUUCUAUGUUUUGGUGGUUUAGACUGUUAUAGCUAGUAUCCCUACCAGUAGCAUGCAUCUAGAGUAGCCUGGGCCUCACGCUCUCCUUCUUUCUCCCCACCCUCAUAUUUGUGGCAUUACUGUGUAAUAUUGUGUGGAGUUGCUCAGGAGAUGGGUUGUGUGCUACCUGUGUUUAGGGAGUUAGUGUGUUAGCACAGUGCUGGAGUUCUUGUGAAUUUGCAGCACUGACUCCCCUCUUUCCCCCAGCCCCCCCAUGUGAUACCAGAUUAUGAAUCCAGAUAUAACCACAUUGUGAGUGGGUAAACCAAGCUGCAUGAUUCAAGCAGUCAUCACUCUCGCUCAGUCCAGUGGUUGGAGCUGUUGUAUCCUCAUUCUGUCUGGGACAGACUGAACAUCUGAGCUCCAGUUCAUCUGCAGGUUCCAUUCCUUUCAGGCUCAGCUCGUGCCCAGAACACAGGCUGGAAGCCUGCAGAUGGCAGAGUUCAGCCCAGAGUCACCCUGACUGCAAACAGUGAGCGAGUGGUUGUCACAGUGCAAUAAAUGAUGUUCGUUAGCACUGGUGAACAGGGCGAUAUUACCCCCACACCUUGCUGUUCACUAGCCUGUUCAACAGGCAGGCUGGGCAGCUUUUAAUCCUGUCACUCCUUCAGUCUGCAGAGGGGUGAAGCCCUUAGUUUGAUUGAGGAUGGACUUGAAUUUGGGCCGCAGGGUCCUAAGAGUGUCUGCACUUUACAUUUUUGGUGUAGAAUGGAUUUCAUUGUAUCUGAGCCCAGCUCCCAACAAAUGGAUGGACUCACAGAAGAAACAUAUUGGUGCUAUAGCCUCUAACGUCACAUUUGUGUCACUGGAUGUUGUGUGGAGAUGGAAUGGCAAACUGCUACAGUCAGGGGUGCUCUUGGUGCUCUUUUGGGAAUAAGGUGAAUGGUUGAAACAAAAUAGAGGAAGUUUCCUUUAUAUAUGUCCUGGGGUUUAGAGUGGGCAUCAAGAAAGCUGUUCUCUCACAUCUCUUACACUGACCUCAUCACUAGGCACAUAAUCUACUAUCACAAUAAUUCCCUGCCCUCCGAAUUUUACAUUCUAUAAGCCAACAACAACUUGCAUUUAUAUAUAUAUAUAUAUAUAUAUCACCCAGCAAUUGAGAGAUGGUGACUGAGUGAUCCUGGCACUGUUCCUCUGUGUGGCAAGAUGUUCAGAAAAAAGCUAUUCCCUUCCUGCAUCUGCAGACGAGUUACAUGCCACUUCCAAGGUCAAUGCUGAAAGCAGUCAUCAGUCUGUCCUUGACAUACACAGAGUGCUAACAGACUGUGUGAGUGACUAUGCUGAAUUGACACUGUGCCCACACAGCUAAUUUGGAGAAUUCUAACCUGAUUCUUUACUGAAUCUACUCCCAAUGUUUGGAAACUUCAUUUUAAAACCUUGAAUAUAGAAAUCUUACACAUUUUUAAAUUUUGUUCUCAAACCUAUUUCUUCUCUCCCCACCACCCCUUUGUGCCCAGGGCUGACAGGGCAGCCUUGAGAAUACAGAUCAUUAUUUACUGUGCGUUUUUCAUUCGAUGGAUAUUUUAUAUUAGAUAUUUUAUUAAACAUUUCCUUAAAUGUGAAAUGUAACCAAUGACUUGCGUGCAUUUGGCGAGGUUCAGAGCCUGGUCACUGCGCUGUGUCCUGCUGUUACUAACUGUUACUGUCUCCAUGAUACACUUGUGUGACCAUGUUGCACUCCAGCCCAGCUGAUUCUUUUUCUUUUACUGCCUGGCUGUUUGGUUUCUGUAAACUGGACUCAGGGCCGGUCCACACACAUCCAUUGUGUGACUUACACCGGUGUUUGUACUGUGUGUAUCUUUGCGUGAGUUGGGGGUGCCUGAAUUUUGCCCUAACUAAGCAUCACUGGCUGGUAUGGGAUCUAUGUCCAUUUUUGUUUGCAAAUCUGUCAAAUUUUGAAGUACACAAAAUGUUUUAAAAAGCUAAUCCUGGGCCAGUUCAAUUCUGCUGAGUUUUCCGUCCUCCACAAUGAUGCUCUGUGGAUUGGUUAUUGGGCAUGAACGUGGAGUCCUGCGCAUUGUUUCCACAAGUUUUUACUGUAAUUUUUAUAAAACCCGUCUGAUCAGGAAAUUAGUGGGUCGUUUGGCUAAAUAAAGGCAUAUCUUUGUGUCCGUUUGAGAGACUUUAAUCCAUGUGUGUACACAGUUCAGAAUCCCUCAUGUGCUGCUUUGUCACAGUCUCUCAAUGCUUUGUUACGUGAUUGUGAGCUGCAUCGCGGAGCUAAGGAGACGAGUAGCAUUCAGUCUUCAGACUCAUUCACAGAGAUCUGCAAAUUCUCUGUGACGUUUGAUGUUUGUUCUGUAUACAAAUUAGUUGUUGUGGUGCAUUCCCAGUGCCUGGGAUAAAACGAGGUUAAUUUUUGUUAAAUGUAAUAUAAAGGACAUUGAGGCUUUUGUGUACAUUAUGUUCUGUAUAUACAAAAUGUACAGAGAUUUGUUUUUAAAAAAAAUAAAGUUUUAACUUGUUUUU